AAACCUGGGCGCAUCCCUCUUUCGGGCCCUGGCUUUACUGGAACCCAUCGAGCUCAGCGACAUUGCAAAGGAAACUUGUCCACGGCACUAUUGCCUGCUGUCACGUCCUGGACUUUCUCGCUGUCUGAACCUUUCUCGACCGGAUGCUGUUUUACAAUUUGUCUCUUUGAUGGUAGUUUUCUUCAGUGCUCAGACUCGUUUGAGCGCUUGGCUUGAACAGAAGGGGGAUUGAAUAUAGAAGCUACUUUUGCUCAUCUGCUCGGAGGAAAAUGACGUGACGUGCGGAUGGUGGGAAACCGCACUGAUCCCUCAUUCCGUACGCUGAUCCACCACCAAUCUCGAGAACAAUGAAGCCCCCGCUACAACUACCCGGUUUACCAAGCUACUCCCUCUCCCAUCUACUUCCAACUCAUCGCUUUGCUUUGUGCAAUGUGGUAAUCCUAACGGCACAUUGUUUAUUUCUUCGCGCUUUGGCUGAUUUUGACAGGUUAGUACGUGAGCGGAUAGCCCAUUUCCCAAUCUGGCGGGCAGUCUCGAGGGCCAUAGCGCACCAGUUUCUGUUUUAUAUCCCGCGCUCGCAGCGAUGCAGAACAGCCCACACCGAGCCUCCCAUCCUCCAGCCACCCUCCCGAUCCAUCCCAGAUGACUCUCCUCGUCAGUCGCUUCCCGCGUCCCAAUGGCACGUUCGUCGACUCCAUCAGCACCGUCGAGCAGCUCCUCGCCCAGUACAUGACUGCCUUGCGCCGCAGAGAGCAGGAGGUCCGGGCGGGCAUGACUUCGAGUCAACUUCCACCCGACUUUCCUGUCACGCAGAGCAAAUUUCUUGCACGCAUCGACAAUUCGCCGGGCUAUUCGUUCUUCGCCAGCAUCAAGUACCGUGUGUAUAACCGGGAUCAAUGUUCCGGGUGGACGCUCUACGUCCAGUGGGAAGAGCGAAACGCCGAGAGGCCGACCGCCGUCGCGUCAUUCCGCAUUCCCAACACCAUCGCCGGGGAUAUAUACCGCUCCGUGCAGAUCACCACCGACCUCGUGCUCGAGGCGCUCAUCGCCUCGCUGUACAAUGCGGCGCCUGCCGCGCUUGUCGUGACCACCGGUCCGGUAUACCACGAACCAGGGAACUCUGGCUGGCUGGCGCGCUAUGUCGAGUCGGUAGUCCUCCAGGUCGACGCCAACAGCAAUCCCAAUGGCGCGCACGCGGUCCGUACUGUGGACCAGCGGGUCAUGUGCCCGUGUCUCGGAGCUGUGCAAGGAUGUCAGGCAUGGGUGCCGGCGAGCGCACAGCCUGCUUUGUGCAAAGACCACCUCGGAAUGCGAUAAAUGUGAAUGUGGGGAAGAAAUCACUCGGACCGUUGUACUUGUAUUCACUGCAUGUAACAUAUAAUCAUUUUGAGAACAAGAGCACUUGAAACAGG